UUUUUUUAUGAACGUAUGCGAUGCUUCGUGCGGCGCUCUGGGAGCAAGAGCUUCCCGUCUGCAAUCCGAAGUAAUUGAGUCGUGCUGAAUUGAAGUCUUUCUGAGUUUGCCAGUUGAGGAGAUUAUACGCAAAGCCUUUAUUUGACGACUGGAACGCUCUCGGCAACUGGCCACAGCAGAACACGUGGUCCAGAUGAUAAGUGCAGACAUUCUUUCGAAGUAGACUAGCUGUAUUGGUAAUCCUUUUCACUGUAUUGGAUUGUCGAGUUUCCGGGUCGACCCACUGGGCACAAAAUAAAUCUCGUUGAUUUCGAUAGCAAAUUUCUGGUGCUGAUAGUGCGUAGACUUCUCGUCUUUCGAAGACAGAGUAAACUGGAAGGCAGGAGAGCAAGUUUCAAGAUACAGUAUUGAUUGUUUCUGCGCUUCUCACCUUCAACUCGCCUGUCUACCCAUUUUGUCUCAAUCUCAGAAAGGUGAUUCUUGCAAAGUUUAUAUCCGGCCGUCUUCUGUUGCUCUUAGUGAACAUUCGAUGGCAAGAGAGGCGUGCUUUUUAAGGCUGAUAUUAGCCCUGAGAUUUCCGGUGUAUCUGAAGCUUGUCUUUACGAGCAAGUAUGGGAAAGAUUAUCUGGGCAGCGACAGGACGCUUAAUCAGCCGCUUUCGUAGCUUCACACUUCGCAUAACCGCUUCACACUUCGCAUAUCAAUCUGCGUUGCAUUCACGGCUUCAUCAAUUGCAGUAAAGAUGCUGGCACGGACCCUGGAGUGGAGAAGCGAGAGAGAUUUCAUCCAAGCACCGGUAGAAGUGGCUGAAGAAGGUGUCACUAUAAGCCUCAGUCCAACCCUCGAUCCCAAAUGCAGUGCGGAAGCGCUGAGAACUGCUCGAGCUUUCUAGCCCGGGGAAUCGUGAGCGCAAGGCUCCUUCGAAGUUCUGUCACAAUUGCCCGCCGGUUACAAGUACCACACGCUGAAUCAGAGUUUUGGAAGAAUAGUGCUCUUUACAUUGUUCGUUGCGAUCUCAAAGGCUCGGUGUUGACUCUUGGUUCCACCAUGAUCACAUCUGCCCAAGCUGGAGCCGUGAUAUCUGGCAACUAAUGGCGGGCAGAGUUUUGUGUCAAUUUUCUCUGCAACUCACAAGCCAGCUUGAAAUGAAAUUGGGGAGCAUAAGCAGAAGAUUCUUGGCUCGAAUUCUUUCUGGGGUCUUAUUAUAUAACCUGAUUCUUUCUCCGGUCGUCUCCCAGUCUAAUGAGGGCUCUACACAAGGAUUUAUAAGCAUCAGCUGUGGCGGCGUGAGUGGAGUAGACCCUAUCACCUCACUCCAGUGGAUCACUGAUGAGACUCAUCUGCAGUCAUUCGAAAGUCUUUCUCAAGAGAAGGUGAUCAUCACCGCCGACGUUUAUUACAACGAGAGCUCAGUGAGUGUGCCGAAUGGCGAACAGUUGAAAACUGCUCUGGUGUUUCUUCCCAUACAAAUGACACGCUCGAAAUUUUGCUACCUCUUGCCAAUUAACGCAACUGAAGGAUCACGAAAUUAUCUUCUUCGAGCAAUGUUUCCCAGCCAAAAUUUGACUGUGAAUGGAACUGCAUUAUCGGGAUAUGCCACUCGGUUCUACCUUACUGUCGAUUCCACCUACAUCACCACAAUCGAGCUACUGCCAUCUAUGCCGCGGAUAAUCGAGCUGGUCGUCUCUUCAAUGGACGACAGAUUUUACGUUUGUCUCGUGCCCUUGGAAGACAAGUCCUCAAUGCCAGCUAUCUCAACUCUGGAGUUGCGUCCGUUCUAUCCAGAUACCUAUGGCAGAUCUGGUCAGUCGAAAGACAAGCAACAGUCGAGCUAUCUGAUGCUGGUUGAUCGUUUGGACUUCGGAGGAAUACUUGAUUUUGAGUCGCCUCCUCUCAGGUAUCCUGCAGACCCUUUCGAUCGUAUAUGGUCAUCCCCACGAAUUCCCGAAGGAGCGCAGUUUGAGGCUUACAACAGAACCGAAGAUGCAAACCUUGGGUUUGGCGGAACCAAUAUUCGCUUCCCUAUUGCAGUUAUGAGAUCAAUAUGGAGGGGAAAAAAUUUGUCGUCUACCAUGAACUUUGAGGUUAAUGUGAAGAGCGCUAGAGCCCUCCGUCCACUACCAACAUUCUGGUUCCAGAUGUUAUGUUCAAACGUAGUUUUUGGAGAUGUGAAUCCUCGUCAAUCCGUCAGACUAAUCGACGGUGAUCAAGCUGGGGUCUGGUCGCCGUUUGAGGUACCUGUUUCUCCCGGUUUUAUACAUAUAUUGAGCGACGAAGAGGUCAUCCGUAGCGAUUCGUUUACAAUCACAAUUGAACCAAAUGAAACCACAGAAGCACCUGUUCUGGUAAAUGCAGUAGAGAUUCAUGGUGAGUUUGCAGCGGUGGCAGUGAGAACUUCAAAACUUGAUGUGGAUGCAGUCAGGAAGGUUUAUACCGAGACCGCAUUAAGCUCUGUAGACACGGCUGGCGAUCCAUGCUUGCCAGUUCCUUGGGAAUGGCUAGUUUGCAGUAUCGAGUUGCCCCCUACAAUAACCCAAAUAAAUCUUACUGGCGAAGGUGUGGCCGGUGUAUUGCCUACUGAACUUGGAAAUCUGAGUCAAUUGACGAUUUUGGAUCUGUCUGAAAACAAUUUCAACGACUCUUUUCCUGAUUCUCUUGGAGGAAUCCGCACACUCAGAGAACUGAACUUGGGACACAACAAGCUGUCUGGAGAACUACCAUUGUUCAGUCCAAAAUCACUUGACAAUCUGGAAAUGCUAUCACUUUCGAGCAAUUUGUUCAAUGGAACACUGAUUUCAUUAAUUGGAGCAUUGGACGAAUCGAUUCAAAACUUAGACCUCAGCAAUAACAAAUUCGUCGGAGCGGUACCUUGGAAUAUAGAAAUGCUAGAAAACUUGGAGAAUUUGGAUAUGUCCAACAACCAAUUGUCGAGCGAGUUAGCAGUCAACUUCACUAAACUCAGUAAUUUGAAAAAUCUGAACUUGAGCUUUAAUAAUCUGAACGGUACAGUGCCUGACAGCAUCUGGAACAGUCGCAAUCUUCAAUUUGUGAAUUUGAGAAACAACAGCUUCGUGGAAUUGAAUCUUACAACGUGGUAUAAGAAAGUUGCCGAAGGCAGGAGUCUCGAUGGAUUCGAGGAGCAUUUCGAUCCUCCUCUAAUUCAGCUGCGUUUGGCUGGAAAUCAAAUACACAGCAUUAUCUCACCGAGCCUUCAAUCUUUAGAGACUAAAAUAGUAGUGCCAUCUUCACUAUCUGAGCAGCUGCUCUCGAUACAGUCUCCACAAACUUUUAUCUUGCUUGGAGAUAAUCCGUGGUGCCGCAAUGAUAAUGAGGGAGAGAAUUUAGUGUUCAUCAAAAAAUACAUGUGCCGAUCUGACGAGCAUGAGAACUUCUGGCCGUCACCAUCAAAGGAUGGUGUACAAACAGGAAUACUAAUUGCCGUGGGCCUGGUAUCUGGAAUAUUCGUGCUACUUAUGAGUUGUUUAGUCAUAUUCUUCACGCGAAAAAUGCGAAGACGUAGUCGUGAACUUCAACAGAUACAAGAAGCUCUAGCAAAAGAGCACGUGAAGCCACCGUUUUUCAGCUACGAAGAACUCAAAACGGCUACACACAGUUUCUCUAGUUCCAACGAGUUAGGAAAAGGUGGAUUUGGCACUGUUUUCAAGGCUAAACUAGCAGAUGGAAGUGUUGUUGCUGUGAAGAGACUCACUCCGACAAAGCAGAGUACGUCUGAUUUCUUGAAAGAAAUGGUAAACAUCUCUGGUAUCAAACAUAGACAUCUGAUUCAACUCAAGGGAUGUUGUGUAUGGGAGAAUCAGCAACGAAUGCUGAUUUACGAAUACGCGGAGAACAAGAGCCUCGCAGAAGCACUGUUCGUUUCAGGUCCUCAAUGUGCGACCGUCUUGAACUGGAAACGACGUUAUAACAUAUGCUUGGGCAUAGCUCGUGGACUUGCGUACUUACAUGAAGAAUUGCAGCCGGGUAUGAUUCACAGAGACAUAAAGCCGGAAAAUAUUCUUCUGGACAAGAAUUACAACGCAAAGAUUGCCGACUUUGGACUCGUCCGGCCAGCUAAUGAUUCAAAUGACACUCUAGUAACCUUCAACAUCGGAGGAACGAGGGGCUACUUUGCACCAGAGUAUGCACUAGAAGGCGUCGUUUCCGAGAAACUGGAUGUGUAUAGCUUUGGUGUUGUCUUGCUGAUAAUCGUUGCUGGAAGACCGUGCAUCGAUCUGAAGUUGCCACAGGAACAAAGUAUUCUACGCUCCUGGGCUAUAACGUUGUACACGGAAGGCAAGGUUUUGAACUUGGUCGAUAAAAGAUUGGAGGGCGAUUAUGACGAAGAAGAAGUCCUGCUCGUGGUGAACAUGGCUCUGUCUUGUUUGCAAGUAGAUCCCAAGAAACGCGCAACGAUGUCUCAACUGGUGAACGUCCUCAUGAAGAACUCAAAUGCAAGUGUAGCUGUGGACAUCGUCAACGAGCUAAAUAUCCAGACACCAUACUUGUUGAGCAUAUCAGAGGACGAACACUACGUGGAUACCUAUCCUAGUAGACAAGGCGUUCAAGGAGAAUCAGUCGAACUUGCUUUAAUGUCAUCAAUUGCCACCGAUUCACAAGCCUCGGUUAUGGUGCCUCGAUAGUGCGUACAUGAGCUCAUGCAGUAUCUCAAGUUCCUAGAUUAGGUCUUCAGUACCCUAUGUUCUCUUCCAGAUAUCUCAAUUGAGAUUACCUUUGCGUGUGCCCUUGAGCCACUGACGUAGGGAGAUCAGUGAUCACCUUAACAAGAGUUCAUUUACUUUAUGCUCCGUCUAAUGUCAAGCAACUGUAUACCGAUCGUGAGUUAUACAAGGGUCACAUAGUUUAAUACUCUAUGUAAUUUCAAGCAUCUGCAUAACCUAUUCGUAAAACUUGCUAGUAAGUUGCUUAUUGCUAGCUAGCUACUACUUUUCAAUUUAGAUUCUGGAUUGAAUACUGCCUCGUAUAGAAACCAGAAUGAUGCAUGAGAGGAAAAAUAUAAAUUAGAAAAUAAAUAAGAAAUUUUAAUGUGAACUGAUUAGCUUUUUUAAAGUCCUCAAAUAUGAAUGCAUAUGACUCAUCAUUGUAGUCAUUCUUGACCAUGCAAAGACUCCACUCUGAAUGGC